AUGGAAAAGGGCGUAAGUGUAUGGCUUCGCGACUUGGAGUUAGAUGAGUGGCAACGCGCUACAGUUGUCAAGCUUGGCGAGCCACGGGAUGGCGACAAACAGCGCGAAGUGACGCUACGUCUUACUGAAGGUCCAAAUGCGCGCACGGAAAAGACGUUACAAAUUGAUGUGCAGGCACUUGAAGAAGAACGAGUUGAUGGUGUGAUGCUCGCGAAUAGUAGUGACAUGGAUGUCGUCGAAGAUCUCAUUCAACUUCCACAUUUACACGAACCUGGUAUAUGCCAUACGCUAAACGAGCGGUUUAAGAUCAACGAAAUUUAUACUUUGACGGGUGAAAUCUUGCUAGCGAUUAAUCCUUUCCAAAACUUGGGCAUUUAUACGGACAAGAUCACACGCAAGUACAUUCGAAAUGGCGAUAAACGUGCACUUGGACAGGAAGUACCAGAUAUGCCACCCCAUGUUUUCAGUAUUGCUGACAAAGCUUAUCGGUCACUUGUUAAUCCUAUUGGUCGCAGUUCGAAUGGGGGACCAGCGAAUCAGUCCAUUUUAGUUAGCGGUGAGAGUGGGGCUGGUAAAACUGAGACAACAAAGUUUGUGAUGAACUAUUUGGCAACGAUCUCGCAACAUAAGAAUGCUACGGCCGACAGUAAUGUUAUGAAGCAGGUACUAUCGUCUAAUCCGAUUCUAGAGUCGUUUGGUAAUGCGCGUACGAUCCGAAACGAUAAUAGUAGUCGCUUUGGAAAGUUUAUUAAGAUGGAAUUUUCUCCAGACGGAAGUUUGAUUGGGGCAUCUAUCCAAACGUAUCUGCUGGAGAAAGUCCGUCUUGCCUACCAAGGCGAGUCGGAGCGAAAUUACCACGUUUUCUACGAAAUCAUUGCUGGUGCCACGGUCGAGGAAAAAAAGCGAUGGAACCUUAAGGCGCCAACGAAGUUUCACUAUUUAAAUCAGAGUACUUGUACCAAGCGGAAGGAUGGCGUGAAUGAUGCGGAUCAGUUUAUGGUCUUGAAAAACGCUAUGCAAACCAUGGGAUUCGAUAACAACGAUAUGGAAAGCAUUUUUGUCACGAUAUCAGCAUUAUUGCACAUUGGUAAUUUAGAGUUUGAUGAAACUCACCAAGCCUCGGGUACGGAAGGGUCUGAAAUCUCUAUGAUGUGCGAAGAUUCGAUGAAAGUAGUACUUGACUUUUUAGAAGUUGACAAAGAAGGCUUAGAACAGGCCAUUUGUAAUCGCAAUAUUCAGACAAAGGAAGAACACUUCUCGAUAGGCUUGCUUCCGGAUGCCGCUGAGAAUGCGCGUGACGCACUUGCUCGUUUUUUAUAUGGGAAACUGUUUGACUGGCUUGUAAUUCGUAUCAAUGAUAUUGUGGAGAAUGAAGACCGUGAUGUGCCGUUCAUUGGACUUUUAGAUAUCUUUGGGUUUGAAGAUCUUGAACACAACUCGUUUGAACAGCUGUGUAUUAAUUUUGCAAAUGAAACCUUGCAGCAACAUUUCAAUCUCACUGUUUUACGCAUGGAACAAGAAACGUAUGAGAAGGAGGAAAUCCAAUGGAGUUUUAUUAAUUUUCCUGACAAUGGUCCGUGCAUUGAGUUGAUUCAAGGAAGGCCAUUUGGUAUUCUUCCCGCUCUCGAUGAAGAGUGCAUUGUUCCUCAAGGUAACGAUCAAAACUUUUCUCGAAAGCUAUAUCGUCAACACGCAUCAAAUCCACACUUUAGUGCGAACAAGAGUGAGAUGGCAAAUCACUUAUUCGUUGUGCAUCACUAUGCCGGGGCUGUUACUUACGAUACAUUUGGGUUCUGUGAAAAGAACAAGGACAUUUUGUAUCCAGAAAUCACUGCUAUCAUUAGUCGAUCGUCCAAACCAUUCGUACGUGGACUAUUACAGGUCGUUUCGGAAAGAAAGACGCCGAUAAAAAAAGCAAAAGGCCGAGCAACCAGUGUCGCUUCUCGAAUGAGUCUGGGGCUUCAGUUUCGUAAUCAGCUUAAGGUCUUGCUUGAAACAAUUAAUGUCACGGACUGUCAUUAUGUGCGCUGCUUGAAACCCAACGAUCUAGCUAAGGCUAAUUUGCUGAUAGCCAAGCGUGUCUGCCUUCAGCUUAAAGCUGGUGGAGUUUUGGAAGCUGUGCGUGUCAAUCGCGCUGGAUAUCCUGUUCGAAUUACCCACCAACAGUUUAUCCACCGCUAUCGUCCGCUAGCUAAUGGCGAGAUUCUAAAGCGUAUUCCUCCAGAAGCAGCUGAAGAUAUAUUCGACAGCAAUGAGCGCAAAGAAGCAGCAAGUUUACUUGUUAAAUACCUACUUAGAGCUCAUGCUAAGCGGUAUCCUGAGUUGGCUGGUAUGACUACAGACACUGUAGCUGGAAUUCAAGUUGGUCUUACUCGUGUAUUCUUUCGUCGUUCGGCCAUUCAAUUUGUGGAGGCCCAGCUGGCAAAGCGUUAUGGCGACUCGUCGUCGUUACGCUCGCAUGCAGAUAGCAGCAGUUGCUCUGCAGAGGAUGACUCGCGGUUUCAUUACUCGCUUGCCGAUAUCAAGCAGCGUCAAAAGGAGCUUGCCGAGAUUCAACAGCGCGAAAUUGAGCUUGCCGAAAAGAAAAAGAAAGGGGAGGAACGCCUUGCCGCGGAAAAACAGCUUUUGCUUGAUGAAAAGCGUAAAGCUGCUCAAUUGGAGGAACAAAAUCGACUUACUGCUCAAUCUGCAUCGAGUGACCCAGUAUCAGAUGAUUCGUCUGAAGGGGAUCGGGGUUCGUCGAUGAAAUUACCGAGGUACUCAGGCGAAAGUCGUGGCCGUGCCGUGUCUCGUUUUCGCUUUACAAAGGACUACGACGAUGAUGACGAUGACAUGCCCAAUGCCUCUCGUCAGGUUGCCAUGGACCCGGGUGACACAGUACUACAUGUGGCUGCUAAUUGCUGUAAUGAGCAAGAUGUGCUCAAGUUACUGCAAAAUGGCUCGGACAUUAACGCGCGCAACCGUCGUGGUCGCACUCCACUUCACACUGCAUCUUUAUACCAAAAUGUUGAGGUAGUUGGAAUUCUUUUGGACUGGGAAGCUGAUGUUCUUGUUCAAGAUAACGACGGCAAUACGCCUUUGCACUUGACCAAAGACCCUCGCAUUGCGCGAUUACUACUGGAAGCAGGCUGUACUCCUAAUAUUGUUAAUGCUGACGGGCGAACAGCUCUGAUAAAUGCUGUAGACGCCGGUGAUGACAAGACUGUGAAGUUGCUGCUUCACUUUAAGGCUGACGUUCUGUUUCGUGAAUUAAAACACCACCAAACUGCUCUGCACUUGGCUGUACGCAAGGGUCAGUACCAGAUCGUCAUGGACCUGUGCAAAUCGGAAGACAUAAAAGAAUUAAUUCUUUUGACGGAUCGCAACGAGAACAACGCGCUUCACUUUGCUGUUUCCCGUGAUCGCAAAAACGGAUAUCGUCUCGUGGAUUAUUUGAUUAAACACGGUGCUGAAGUAGAUAAAGUGAAUGCUCGAUUUCAAAGUCCGUUAGUGGUUCACAUUAUGACUACGCGUCAAACUGAUCCCGCCAUUACGGAACUUCUUCUUAAAAGAGGAGCGGAUUUCAGUAUUCAGCUAGCCGAUGGAUCUACGCUUUUGCACGUUGCUGUCGAGCGUGAAUUAAUUGAUAUUGCUUGUGCAUUAAUCAAGCAAGGUGCGUCUCUAAACGAACCAGAUGCUAAGGGACGACUAGUGGUUGAAGUGGCGAACAAAAAGUACUUAAAAAAACUUUUUAGCGCAAUUACACAACCGCCUACAUGGAUAAAUGAAAAAGAACGUCGAGCAUGCAUGCUGUGCUCAUCAAGUUUCAAGUUUGGUACCCGACGUCACCACUGCCGCCACUGUGGACGAGUGUGCUGCUCUGACUGCUCAGCAUUUACUGUCGAAAUGCAUCAAUUCCCGAAAGAUUUUCCUGGUCGAACGAGUACAGGUGGUAAACAAGUUAAAGACCCUCAACGUGUGUGUCGUACAUGUCAUGCAGUGUUUAAGAUGCGAUUGGCUCAAAAAGAAUCGAAAUCGGGUUUUAUGGCUCGGGUACUCGGGUACGAGUGGGACGAAGUUACUGCUACAAACAGAGUAUAA